AUGGGCAAUCUCCUGUCUUCGCUGCUCCCCGCUAGGGUCCACAAGCGCCUGAGUCGGCUGUGGACGAACUCGUACUGGCUCGUGAGCACGGCCGCGUGGGUCGUCUCCACUGCGGCCAUCACCCUCGCCGCCCCCGUCAUCUUCCACUACGAGAAAGAAUGUCAAAUGUUUGAGACGCAGGCGCAGUUCUACCAGCAGCAGCAAGCGCUCUUGGCGUCAGGCGUGGCGGGAGCCUCAGGCAGCGCCCCAGGAGCCGCGCCGCUCUAA